AUGACCCUAUAAAAAGAAGGAAAUUCCCAUUUGAGAAAUACUUCAAAAUACUUUGAAAGUGUAACCACAUUUACAUUUACAUCAUCAAAAAGCAUUAUUGCAAAAGAAAAUGAAGUUGAAUAAAUUUAGGAAGAGGAUGACAUUCUCUUAGAAAUAAAUUAAUAGAGGGAAGAUAAAUCUGAAUUUUUUGAAAAGAUUUAUUACCAAUUUAUAAGAAAAGAGUGGUUAUUAAUUAGAAAAAACAUGCUAUAUAUUGUUCUUAAACCAAAUAAAACUUAUGAAAAAGUUAUUGAAUUUUGAAAGUCAAAAAUCAAAGCCUUGAUGACUCAGUGUAUUUAAGAAAUUUAAUUUCACUCUGUGAAUACAAAACUUAUAGAUAUCAAUCAUUUAAUGAAAAUAAAAAUUAUUAAUCAUCAUGAUGAACAAUUAAGCAGCUUUUUUCAUGGGGUCAUUUUUCGUAAAAAUGUUGCUCUAAAGUAAAUGUAAUAUGAAAUUAAUAAACCAGCCCUCAUUAUUAUUAUUGGAGAAUUUGACAUGGAGGGCUAAUUAGAAGAUUAUAUCUAAAACAAAAAAAAAGUUGAUUCUAUUAAUUAAAUUUAUAACAAUCAUGAACCAAACUUAAUUUUGGUUGAAAAGGGUACUAAUAAAAUUGCUUUGGAUGAAUGUCUAAGAAGAAUAUUACUAUUUUAACUAAUUUAAAAAAAAAGCUCUUUAAAUAGUUAAGUUGUGUACAAAUGCUAAAUACAUAAGUUUAUCUAUAUUAAAAAAAUGCAUUAUUGAAAGAAAGGAAUAAAUAGAAGAUCAAUUUGAAAAAGUAAUUUCCAAAAGUUCUUUAAGAAAAAGCAGAAAUUUAAAAGGAUUCUACUUUAUGUUUUUUGAAAGCUUCAACUUGUUAAAAAUUUGAUACAAUAACAAUAAGCGGGCCUUAAGAGGAUUUAUUAUCAAAAGUAAAAUCAUGUUUUAUCAGAUGUGCUAGACUAUAACUACUGAAUGUUUAAUGUAUAAAAACAAUCAAUUAAAAACUAUUUCGAAUUAAGGUAAUUUUACAACAUUUUUAUUUGGAAAGAUUCCUUUUCAAGAAUUAUUCAAUAUAGUAUUAAAAACAUUAAAUCAAUUAUGUUAUUGAUGAUGUUAACAAUUUUAAUGAUAUAAAAGAUUUUUCUAGUUUAGAGGAAUAUGAAUCAAAGCAUCCUUCUUAAAGAGAUAAAUUAGAAGAGUUUCAAUGA